UGAAAAUAAACUGUCCGUAGUGCGCAUGUGUGCGGCUGUGCUUGAGCUCUCCGCGCAAAGAUGGCGGAACGCGGUUACAGCUUUUCGCUGACAACCUUCAGCCCGUCUGGUAAACUUGUCCAGAUUGAAUAUGCAUUGGCUGCUGUAGCUGGAGGAGCCCCUUCUGUGGGAAUUAAAGCUGCAAAUGGUGUGGUAUUAGCAACUGAGAAGAAACAAAAGUCUAUUCUGUAUGAUGAGCGAAGUGUACACAAAGUGGAGCCAAUUACCAAGCACAUAGGUUUGGUGUACAGCGGAAUGGGCCCAGAUUACAGAGUGCUUGUGCACAGAGCUCGGAAACUGGCCCAGCAGUACUACCUUGUUUACCAGGAGCCCAUACCCACAGCCCAGCUGGUACAGAGAGUAGCUUCUGUGAUGCAGGAGUACACCCAGUCAGGUGGUGUUCGUCCAUUUGGCGUUUCUUUACUUAUUUGUGGUUGGAAUGAGGGACGACCGUAUUUAUUUCAGUCAGACCCAUCUGGAGCUUACUUUGCCUGGAAGGCCACAGCAAUGGGAAAGAACUACGUGAAUGGAAAAACUUUCCUUGAGAAAAGAUACAAUGAAGAUUUGGAGCUUGAAGAUGCCAUUCAUACAGCCAUCUUAACCCUAAAGGAGAGCUUUGAAGGGCAGAUGACAGAAGAUAACAUAGAGGUUGGCAUCUGCAAUGAAGCUGGUUUCCGAAGGCUCACUCCGACGGAAGUUAAGGACUACUUGGCUGCCAUUGCAUAAUAAUGAAGUGACUGAGUGACCUGAAAUUUCAGAUACUCUACUUAAACAUGUUUAAAGUAUGUUUUGUUUUGCAGACUUUUUGCAUACUUAUUUCUACAUGGUUUAAUGGACUGAUGUUUUUAAAAUGACAUAAAUCAUAAUAAACUGUUAAAUCCAACUUCCAGGUUUUUAGGAGUUAGUAAAAUUUUAACAUUUUAUGAGAGAUUUUUAACAUGAACAUUUUAUUUCCUGCUAUUCCUUACAGCUGAUUUCUAGAAACUAUGCUGUAAGGCAGAAUAACGAAGUUACUCUUCCAUUUUAUGCACUUUAGCUCAGUCAGGCACCACCCCAUUUUAUAGCAGAUGCUUCCUGUGUUUUUGUAAAGCACAAUGUGGGUUUUGGUAAACUGCAUUUAGAGUGGAGAGAAUCUGCAGCCUCAUAGAUCCAUGGGACACAAGUACAGGUGUUGAGUACAUUGAGGUGUGGGAUCAGGGAGAUCCUGGGGAAGUGGUAGUGAACCUAUACCACGUGUGCCACCGUGGGCUGUUUGUUACCAUUGAAAGCUCUAAAAGGUUUCCUGUCACUGUCGUAGAGUGUCUGUUGCGACUAUACUGGAGCUGUGGGAGUCAAGCCACACAGGUCUCCUGGGGGAGACGUAUUUUAUAAGUAAAUAAACCACGGUCUGCUUCUCCUGUUGGUUUCUCUCACGAGUAGGUAAGAAAUAUUUUUAAAAACUCUUACAUUACUUUUUAGUAGACGUUUUUAAUUCAAAGGUGCACAUAAGUGCUGAGAAUAAAACACUAAUCCUAAGUAUCAGAACUGACCUAAGUCUCGCCCUCACCAAUCUUGUGGUCAGAGCCUGUGCUUUAAGGUUCUUAGAAGAAAGCAAAUUGAGUGUUCACAUAUAAGAGUUUUGUUUCUUUGGAUUUUUUUUAAGGCCUCUUCAGAAAAGGAAAUCAAAUCAUUGAUCUAGUUCACAAAACAGAGUUCAUGACUAUCAUUAUUAGUCUUAACAACACGAAGAGGGAGUAGGCAAUUCCAGGAUUUAAAUGUAGUUAAAGGGCCUUUAAGGCUCAGCUAAGUUUAGGGAAAGAGCCUUACCUAAGAGUUUU